AAGUGCAUCAGUUUACUUCUAAUUGUGAUCGAGGACGCACGUUCAAACAUCUGCUGUUACAAAGUUUAACAAUAAGUAGUUUUAACAGAAACAAAAAUAAAAUACCAAUAGUUUUUAAUUAUUUUCAUACAUUUAAAUAUAAGAUAUUUUGUGAAUAUAAAAUGAGUAAUCAAGAAGAACAUAUUCAUGAACAAGAUUAUCAACCGUCACAAGCAGGAUUUACUAAGCAACCACUGUAUCCAAAUCUUCCUCCCCAAAUCGAUACGAAACCGCCUUAUCCGUCUGUUCAACCAACGGCGCCAGAAUUUCCUCUGCCACCCCCUUAUACUGCAGAAGCUCAACCAUCUCAAUCAGAACCUGUUGUCACUUUAAUACAACCGAGCAUCAACUAUGGCUCUCAACCAAUGACAAUACUUUGUCCUAAUUGUCAUGCAAAUAUUACAACGAGAGUUGAAACUGUGGCGAACUUAAAAACUCAUAUUGUUGCAUUACUGCUGUGUCUAUUUCAAUGCUGGUUUUGUGCUCCAUGCGUCUAUUGUAUAGACGGCUGCUUGAUGAAGAAGCAUUACUGUCCUUCAUGCGAACAAUAUCUUGGAUAUUGUGACAAUUAAUUUAAUCAUUUUAUUCAUCUUUAAUUCUGUGUUGUGUUCCUUUUUCCGGCCGCUUAAUUUACCUGAAUCUAGGUAAUUACGUUGUAACGAAUGUAAAUAUAUUAGCUAGAGCUUCAUAAGAAUUUAAUUAACGAUAAAUAUUUAAAAAUAUAAUGCCAAUCAUUUGUACAUAAAAUCUUAAAUAUAUUUAACUUUUAAUUGUUGGUCAUGUGAAAAUUUUAUUCAUUAUCACAAAGCCGUAAUUUCAAAAAGAAAUUAAUGCCAUUUUUUUAAUGAUGAAUGCAAGUAAAUGAUGACAAGAAUCAAAAUAAGUAAAGAGAUGGGGAAAAUAGUCAAUAAACAGGAAUAUUUAAAUUAGCAGUUUCAAAUUUAUCCGCGGCGGGGCGCAACGCCGCAGAAAGUUUUCCGAGUCAGAGACAUGAAGCAAACCUGUGAUAAGCCUAUCCAGCGCAUAAGCGGAUAACGCUGGUUUCUCGUGUUAUUCAGUAACUCAAUUUGUCUUCGAUGGAAAAAAAAUACGAAAUUAAAUCUUUGUGCUUUACAAAAAAAAGGAAGUUUCAAUUUUUGCAUUUGUAUUUAAAAUAAAUACUUGCUGACAACAAA